GGGUGUUAACAUUGGUUUUUGACAAAAAUGAUCCUAAAGAUAUUAGUUUAGAAAAUCAGAAUCUUGUACUAUUUAUACCUGCCAAUGAACUAAUUUGUGUGUACAAUAUUUUAGCUGCUAACUAGCUAUAAAUAUUGUUAAAAUCAUAUCUUUCCGCUGCGUCGUCUUAUAUCCGGGUUCUAAAUUGAGUUACAAGACACAUACAAAUAAAGAUCCAGAUCACAAAAUUAGAAAACUGAAUAAUAAACCACUUCACAGCGUUUAACAAAAAUUCAAUAUGUGUAUGUAAAUUUGACUGAAAUAUUCAUUAGUGUUUACAAUAUGAAAUGAUAAUAGGUUCUUCCGAAGAUGUAAUCAGGCAUGUUGAUAUGCAACAUAUGUAUCACUAUUUAAUUCCACUGAAAACCAGCAGCUGUGACAUAAUUAGUGUGAAAAGCUAGCAGAAGUUUAGACUGGAUGUGGGUAGUCUACAGAUAAAAGUUUUAAACUUAUGUUCUGAGCUUCGAGUGUUCUUCAUUCACCUCCUAUUUCAACAUUAUCUUAAAACUGAAGAAUUCUUUGGAAUGAACUAACCAGAUAGUUUAUCAGUAGCUCAUAAAUCAUUUGCUUGAUUAGUGUGAAUGCGGAUUUCAGGCGCAUUAUCUUUUAGACUAAACCCAAUUGUUUUUGACUCGUGCAUGUAUUCCCAUUUCGUCACAAUCAUAAAUUCAUAUCCAAAUACAACAAUUACAACCAUCUUAGGUUGAGUUUUACGUUUCAUCUCACCUAGCGUACACUUGUACAUAGCAAAAAAAAACCUAAAUAUCCACAUGAAUUGCCGCAAUUAGCCGCUCACUCAACGUCUGUCUGUAUGAGAGCAAUAAGUUUCUAACGGGUAUAGAAAAAAAACGAGUACAUCGCUUUGCUUCAGCGCACAGGAGUCAUGGACAAACAGAACGAAGUGCUGUUGAAUACCUUCGUCAUAUCCAAGAAGAAAUAUCGAGUGUUCUACAAUGCCGGCUCACUUGUGUGGGAAGCUGAAAACUCCAAAAAGGUCAAAACCACGGUUCCCGUUAGUGAUAUCAUAUCGGUCAGACUCUCCACAACAGCGAGCGGUCGAGCCUCUGGCAAGCGCGCAACAACCAACAUUCCCACCAAUUACGGAACUACAUCCAGUACUCAUGCACCGAUCAACGAAAGUCUAGACUUCGAUCGAAUUCCUGUUCUACCUACUUCAGAGUCAACAACAACUAACGCAACCGUGAGCACAAUAACAACGACAACCAGCAACGGCAACACAAAAGCCAAUUCCUACGAUCUGCUCAAUAAUGAUGCCUCCAGCGAAGAAGACAUUCUCAGCGGAAGCACCGCCAUCACGAAUUAUCUGAUAAUAAACUACGCGAGAUUAGUUUCCCCACGUAAAUGCAAGUGGAGAGUUCAACAAUUAGUACUUUUCAACAGUGAACAGCGGAUUAUCAGACUUUGGCACCAUCGUCUAUCAGAUGAUAUCAAAGAUCAAAAUCGGCCCAAAAGUUUACUGAUAUUCCUCAACCCCUAUGGAGGCAAACAGAAAGCAUUCGCCUUGUUUGAGAAAUACGGCAAACCGCUCUUUAAAUUGGCUCAAAUCGACAUUAAUCUGAUAAUCACACAGCGAGCGCAGCAAAUAUACGACAUCAUGACAUCUCAAACGAUCAAUUUGAACAGUUACGACGGAAUUGUAUGUUGUGGUGGCGAUGGCACCUUUGCGGAACUAUUCAAUGGGCUUGUUUAUAGAACGAUGAUAGAUUUAGGUUUGGAUAUUCAAAAUCCUCCCUAUCUACCCAAGCCGAGCAUUCCGAUCGGAAUAAUACCGGCUGGUAGUACCGAUACAGUAGCGUAUUGCCUGAAUGGGACUACAGACGUUAAGACCUCUAUAAUUCACAUCAUUCUUGGCCAGUCGUACGGAUUGGAUGUAUCCAGUGUUUACCGUAAGCGUGGCGUCCAUACAAAUCCUAGUUCUGCUGUACCUACCGAUCCCAGUGCCAAUAACGCCACCUACGAUGAUAGCGGCGCCAAUGGCCGACCCCAGUUGCUCAAGCUGUAUGCUAGCGUUAUAUCUUAUGGGUUUCUAGGAGAUGUUACAAUGGAUAGUGAGAACUAUCGUUGGAUGGGGCCUAAAAGAUACGAGUAUUCAGGCGUUAAAAAGUUUCUAAAAAAUCGUGGUUACAAAGGCAGUGUUGUAGUUCAGGUCGAAAAGGAAACGAUGGAUGGUGCAGCUUCCAGUCGGAAUAACCCAAAUGAUGGGGUCCGAUGUUUGGAGAACUGUCAACGUUGCCAGCUUGCCAUAACCAAAGCUAUCAACAAUGAUGAUUUUGAUACCGAAGAAAAAGUUAUAAACGGGAAGUUCCUUAUGGUUAACGGUGCUAACAUAUCGUGUGCUUGCUCACGAAGCCCGCAGGGCUUCAAUCCAUAUUGUCACCUAGGCGAUGGCUACAUUGACUUGAUCCUGGUGCGACACACAUCCUUUUUCAACAACAUUCGACUGCUGUUGGCGAUGUCUUCCAAAAGCAAAAAGAUUAGCGAUUUACCCUUUGUGGAGAUUUACCGUACAAAGCGAUUCACUUUCAACGCACGUUCGACGGUCACGGAUGAAGGUCUUGGUCACGCGAACAACGCCAUCGAAGAGGAGUCGCAGCAAACCGGAACUUCAAGCAGUUCCAUUAGUGCGGUGAAUCACACAGAGAUCAAUGACAGUACGGCAGAUGGUGAAAGGUGCCUGUCCAGGUGGAACUGCGACGGAGAAAUACUUACCGGCACGGAUAUUAUUGUAGAGUGUCAUUGCCAGCUAAUCAACGUAUUCCGUCGAGGAAUAUCCUGCAGUGAUAGUAGUUCUAAGACAGACGGUUCAAGUGUUUUAAACUGUUGUGGAUUGUGCAAAUAAUCUAGUACUUUUUUAGCAUAGGAGAUUAUUGUCAACUAUUUUCGUUGAUUCUUUUUUUUAUGUUUUCAUUUUCUUUUAAAAUUUUGUAUCAAAACCUGUCUGUGAUUGGUAUUAGAUAUGAAGCUAAGCUCUUAAACUUCACUAAUUCAUACUGUUAGUCGUAUCUGGCGACCAUAAAGGUACCUUAGUGCCUAUUAUAUGAUAUAUUAUCACUCUAGUUCACAUAUAAGCUGUUGCAAUUAGUAUUAUGGAAAUCGUAUAUGGAUUUCUCACUGUUACUUGAUUGCAUUCCACAGAACAAUAACAAAUGACAAUUGAUGAGUAAGAUGGUCAAUUUUACACUUAUAAUCGUGACAAAUAGACCUGCAUGGUGAUAGUAGUAUGUAUUAAAUAUGGGAUCAUCCUAUGAGAUUGAGGUAUUAUGAUUCGUUAGGUAUGUUACUUGUAAUGAAUAGUAGGAAGUAUUUUUUCUGUCAGGAUUCUCGUCUGCACUUGCGUUUAUAGGACCGAAAAUGUAUUUGCUAGAUGCAUUUUGUUGCUUUUAAAUGUGAAAAUCCUGGUAUUAUUUUGAAUUGUAAAAAAUAAACUUACAU